AUGGCGACCUACGCGGACGGCCCCCUCGUCCACAAGGUGGCGCACUACUUCGACGUCUACGAGCGCCACUUCUCGCGCUUCCGCGGCCGUCGAGUCGUCAUGCUCGAGAUCGGCGUCCAAAGCGGCGGGUCCAUCGAGCUGUGGCGGGCCUACUUCGGCGACGACCUCGAGUACCAUGGCGUCGAUAUUAAUCCGAACUGCGCCCAGUUCGACGACCCCGCGCGCAACGUCCACGUGCACGUCGGCGACGCGACGGACGCAAACUUUAUGCAAGCGCUCGCGCGGCGCGUCGGCCCCGUGGACGUCGUUUUGGACGACGGGUCCCACGAGUCGGCGCACAUGCGCGCGUCCUUCGAGGCCUUGUACGCGCUCGUCGCGCCGCGGGGCGUCUACCUCGUCGAGGACUGCAUGACGAACUACUGGCGGCCGUGGGGCGGCGGCGUCGGCGCGGACACGUUCAUCGAGUUCGCGAAGCGCCUCGUCGACUCGCUCAACGCCUUCAACGUCGCCGACGGCGCCGAGGGCUACACGGACCCGACGAACCCGCCGACGCGCUACGACGACGUCGCGACCAUGCCCGACGCGCCCGCGGUGCGCUUCGCGGCGUCGACGUGGAGCCUCUGCUUCUACGACGGCGUCGUCGUCUUCGAGCGCAUGCCGCGGACCCACUUCAAGCACAUCCGCCGCGGGAACCGGUCCAUCCCCUACGACUAA